ACGCAUCUCACGUGAUACAGCUCUACACAGGUGAAAGAAAAUAGCCGUUUGGUUGACAAGAGUAGACUGUGUAGUCAAAUCUAAAGCACGAAAAAUAACCAUGGGGAAAGGCGGCGGCACGUUUGAAAGACUUUUAGACAAAGCCACUAGCCAGCUGCUGUUGGAGACAGACUGGGAAUCCAUCCUCCAGAUCUGCGACCUCAUUCGGCAGGGCGACACACAGGCCAAAUAUGCAAUCGGUGCCAUUAAGAAGAAACUUAAUGACAAAAACCCACAUGUGGCCCUUUAUGCUCUUGAAGUGCUUGAGUCAGUGGUGAAGAACUGUGGUCAGACGGUUCAUGAUGAGGUGGCCAGCAAGCAGACCAUGGAGGAGCUAAAGGAACUCCUUAAGAAGCAAACGGAGCCGAACGUCAGGAACAAGAUCUUGUACUUGAUCCAAGCCUGGGCCCACGCAUUCCGCAACGAGCCUAAGUACAAGGUGGUACAGGACACAUACCAGAUCAUGAAAGUGGAGGGUCAUGUCUUCCCCGAGUUUAAGGAGAGUGAUGCCAUGUUUGCUGCAGAAAGAGCCCCCGAUUGGGUGGACGCCGAAGAGUGUCACAGAUGCAGGGUCCAGUUUGGAGUGAUGACACGAAAGCACCACUGUAGGGCUUGUGGGCAGAUAUUCUGCGGCAAGUGCUCAUCCAAGUACUCCACCAUUCCCAAGUUCGGGAUUGAGAAGGAGGUGCGCGUGUGUGAGCCCUGCUUCGAGCUCCUCAACAACCAGCCCUCCCUCUCUCCCCCUCCUAGGAAAGCAGAGGGGAAGAGCAGCAGUGGUGGCGGGCAGACCGAGCUGCCCCCCGAGUACCUCACCAGCCCCCUGGCCCAGCAGUCCCAGAUGCCCCCCAAGAGGGACGAGGCCGCCCUGCAGGAGGAAGAGGAACUGCAGCUUGCCAUUGCCCUGUCUCAGAGUGAAGCUGAGGAGAAGGAAAGGAUGCGGCAGAAGAACUCCUAUGCGGUGUACCCCAAAGCCGAGCCCGUUCCGGUGACCUCCUCUGCCCCGCCUGUCAGCACGCUCUACUCCUCCCCUGUGAACUCCUCUGCACCUUCAGCGGAGGACGUCGAUCCUGAGCUGGCCCGCUACCUGAACAGGACUUACUGGGAGAAGAAGCAGGAAGAGGUGCGCAAGAGUCCCACCCCCUCUGCUCCAGCUCCGGUGCCAUUGGCUGAGCCUCUGCCAAUCAGCCAGCCGGUGGAAAGCCACGCUCCAGUCCAGCCCAUCAACAUAGUGGAGCAGCAAUACCAGAAUGGAGAGUCGGAGGAGAACCACGAGCAGUUCCUCAAGGCACUGCAGAACGCCGUCACCACCUUCUUGAACCGCAUGAAGAGCAACCACAUGCGUGGGCGGAGCAUCACCAACGACAGCGCCGUGCUCUCCCUUUUCCAGUCUAUCAACAACAUGCACCCGCAGCUCCUCGAGCUCCUCAACCAGCUCGACGAGAAGCGCCUGUACUACGAGGGACUGCAGGACAAGCUGGCUCAGGUGCGGGAUGCGCGGGCCGCCCUCAACGCCCUGCGGGACGAGCACCGCGAGAAGCUGCGACGCGCUGCUGAGGAGGCUGAGAGGCAGCGGCAGAUCCAGCUUGCCCAGAAACUCGAGAUCAUGAGGCAGAAGAAGCAGGAGUAUCUGGAGAUGCAGAGGCAACUAGCAAUCCAGCGUCUCCAGGAGCAGGAGAAGGAACGGCAGUUGCGCCUGGAGCAGCAGAAACACACCAUUCAGAUGCGUGCACAGAUGCCUGCCUUUUCCCUGCCUUAUGCGCAGAUGCAGUCCUUGCCGCCUAACGUAGCUGGAGGGGUGGUGUAUCCGCCUGCUGCUCCCCCCAGUUACCCUGGCACUUUCAGCCCUGCGGGCUCUGUGGAGGGCUCUCCAAUGCAUGGGGUGUACAUGAACCAGCCUGGACAGGCCACAGCAGGGCCGUACUCGGCCAUGCCCGUCUCUGCCACAGAUCCCAAUAUGGUGAACGCCUACAUGUAUCAGACCGCAGGUACGGGUGGGCAACCUGCAGCGCCAGGUCAGGCCCCGCCCACCACUAGUCCUGCCUACACUAGCUACCAGCCCACCUCGACACAGGCCUAUCAAAACGCAGUGUCUCAAGCCCAGAGUAUGCCCCCCAUGUCCCAGAUGUCCCAGUCUGCCCCCGCCAAUGGCAUGGCAUACAUGGGCUACCAGCCUUAUAGCAUGCAGAACAUGAUGUCUGCUCUCCCAGGACAGGACCCCAACAUGCCUCCCCAACAGCAGUAUAUGCCUGGUCAGCAGACCAUGUACCAGCAGAUGGCUCCCCCUGGUGGUCCUCCACAGCAAGCACAACAGCAGCCUCAGCAGGCUCCUCCAGGCAGUGCAGAGGCUCAGCUAAUCUCAUUUGACUGAUGAUUCACCGUGUGACAUGGGCCCCAACCUCACCGCCCUUUCCCCCUAGGUCCUGCACACUAGCCUCCCUCCCACUGAAGGUCUUCAUCCUGCACAGUCAACCUACUUGCAAUAUUUUUGGAGCAAUCAGGCUUAUAUAAAAAAAAUAAUAAUAAUAAAAAAAAAAAGUCCUGACUGUCAAAAAUAUUGUGAGAUUCUUUUGCUGCCAUUAUGCACUCACAUCUCUAUCCCCACUGAUUAGAGGUGAGGGAGAAGACAAGACAUCUGCAGCGGUGGGAACUCUCGGUCACUCCUCGGUUCAGCCAGCUCUUAGCCUCUUACUGUCUGUGUCUUUGAAACGUAUGUAGUGUUUCCUUAAGAAACAAAUCUCAAAUUCAGCUAGGCAUUCUUAUUAUAGCAUUUAAACGAGUCCCUGAAUUCUGUCUGAAUCAAAAAAAAAAAAAGGGAACAAAAUCUUGUCCUUUGCCUCGUAUUUUUCUAAAGUCAUUCUGCAUGUGUUUCAUUGUGCACAGGUGGGAAUGAGUGUAUGUGUAGAAAUACCUUGCGUAGAAACAUUUCGAAUGAAUGUUUUCUAAGAGGCCUUAGAAUGGUUAACAGGUAGAGGUUGGCACAAAAAAACACAAGGACCAUUAAUUGUUUUGCAUCUCAAAGCAGGAGAGAUCCAGCAACAGGUCUGUUAUCUUGUGUAGAAGUGUAUUUAAUAGAAGGCUAAAACCUGAGAUUAGACUUCCUUUCUUACUCUGAAACUUGAUUUAAUAGGGACCUGGUUUCAUUCAGUACUGAUGCUCCUUAGCUUGCCAGUCUCUGAGUCUUCACACAGAUUCACAACCUAUCAAAAAUGACCUUCUUGGCUAAUAAUUGUUGCAGUUUGACAGCAUGGAUCUCGGCUUCUGUAGAGGGGACAGCGACCUUGCUGCGCUUUUUCUUUUUACAAAAGAAAUGGACUGUUAUACUUAUGGCAUCUGAGAAUAAAUUCAGUGGUGGGCCCAGCUGGCUACAGGCUAGGGCUCUUACUGGUGUCACAGAAUCAGGGCUGUCUUUUUCUCAGAGUUAGUGUCUGCCUGCAUGAUGCUCUCAAUUUCAAGGUGAUUGAUGGCAAUUGCAGACUGAAUUGCCAGACCAAUACCAGAUAAAUGAAAGUCCCCGGUUUCUCCGUUUGUAUCUGUUUAAGGUGGUGGAUGGGCACAGCUCUUGUUAGUUUUGUAUAGAGAGGGCCGAGAGCAAGAAACUGCUUUUUAUUGGUUCCACUAAAGGGUGUUGAGUACAAACCUAAGUAAUGCAUGUUAGUGGCAUACCAUCAACCAGUGACUUCUGUAACCCUUUAUAAUGCCAUCUGUGGACAACCUUUGUUUCAUUCUACUUAUCUGGCUCCAAAAUAAUUUUAUUAUAUUUAAUAAAUAUCUCAUUCUUUUAUUGUGCA